AUGAGGACGACUAUGGUGUAUCAGUCUAUUCGUACUGGAACCGACAUCUACAGUCAUCCGAGUUCAUCAUACAGGCUGUUCAAGCCGUCACCCGACUUUACAAGGAGCGCGGACGCUCUUUCACAGAACCAGGCCACCCUAUCCUUGAAAGACGCCGACCUACAACUAAACCCUUCGCUAGAACCAAUUGAAUUCCGAAUCGGCAAGAAGAUCUUCGGUUUAUCAGCCUUUUCCGUACUAUUUGGAUACAGCUGUGCAAGUCUAAUUAGCGUUUUCAGCUUCAAAGUGGCUAUCGUCAAGUCGUGUGAUCACCUGAUUGCUCGCUACUCGAAGCAGUCGUCACUCUUCAAUUUCAUUCAAAGACCCGAAGCUGAAGCAAUCAAGCGUCGCAAGCGCUACGGACAUGUACCGCGCUUCGUGAAGCACAUCACCAGUGUAGUACAAGACUAA